CCCCAGUAAACGGUGUGUUGUAGGUUGUUCUGCCGACCAACAAAGUGGUGGUUAUGAGCUCAUUGAAAAGCUUAGAAAAUGAAACUUCACUCUGGGAAUGACCUGUUGACCUGGUAAAGUUGUAGUAAGCCUACGCAGUGUGCAUUCCAGUGAUGAGGACGAUGGUGAUGAGGAUCGUAUCUCCAUCUGUCACAAACUGUGUCAAUAGCAGGCUUUAGUAAUUAAUGGUCGGCUUACUGUGAACCCUGCAAACGUUAAAAAAAAAAUAUAUAUUUAUAUAUGUUAUUUUUGGUAUGUGUCUUUAACCAAGUUGACGACGAAAGAGAUACACAGGGAAAUACAGGAAGGAAAUGUGAACCUCCCUUUGCUGCGUAGUCAGAAGCUCCUCAGUGGCGACACUCGCACAACCAAAUCUAGACUCAGCAAGGCGCUAUUUAGUAGCCUAGCUAGCCAGCGUGAAUAUCGUGAACAGGUACAAUAUCAACAAACAAAAAAUAUGUAUACAUCUUACAUAUGUACCGGUAGUUUGCUUAGACAUCAGACAUUAUCCAACGUUAUAUUUCAUUCGGUCAGACACUGAAGACGGUUUGCUUCGUCGAGGAGUACCGAAGGUUUUCUUGCCAUAGCAACCAUCUUGCAGAGGAGCUUAGCUUCUCAGUUAGCUGCUAGUACAGUAGCUACUGGUAGUUUACUAAAGCGGUAACCAGUCAGGAAGUUAGUUGUCUACGUGAGACCAGUGCCUGGUAAAGCCGUGUUCCUCGGAGAACCUUGAGAAUCUUGAGAACCUUAAGAUCUCCGAGAUGUCGAAGGCUCCGGGUUCCCCUCCGCGCUCACGCUCUCGCUCCUACUCUCGCUCCAGGACUCGCUCACGCUCUCGCUCCCGGAAACACCGCUACAGUUCCAGGUCUCGCUCUCGCUCCCGGUCCCACUCCCCCUCCCACGGCAGGAACUACCCCACCAGGGACUACCAGAACAACCGCGGCUUCCGGGGCUACAACCGUGGCUUCCGCCGGCCGUACUACUACCGCGGACGCACGCGUGGAUACUACCCCCGGGGGCGCUACCAGCGAGGGGGCGGAAACUACGGCUACAGAGCCAACAACUGGCAGGGGGGGGGUAACUGGCACCACCACGACCAGGAUCACCACCCUCACAGCCCCAGGAGGGGGCGCUCUCGCUCCCGCACGCCCAGGAAGCGCUCUGCCAGCCGCAGCCGCUCCCGCUACUCUGACCGCUCCUCCUCCGGACGCUCCCGCCGCUCCCGCCACAGCAGCUACUCCUCCCGCUCCUCCUCCCCCGCGCGCCGCUCCCGCGCCGGGAAACACGCCUCCAAGGAGGCCAAGGACAAGUUCCCCGAGGCCCCGGGAGAGGGGCCGGGGGCCGGGGGGCCGGGGGCCGGGGGGCCGGGCGGGGACGCCAGCCACCAGGAGAAACCGUCCGGAGGGAAGUGGAAGGGUGUGAGGGAGUACGACGCCAGCCCCAAACACGCAGGAUCCCAGAGCCGGCCGGCUGCUGGAGACAAGCAGGUGCCGCCAGAGGGCUCCAACAGCGGGGGGGCUAACAGCAAGGGGGCUAACAGCGGGGGGGCUAACAGCGGGGGGGCUAACAGCAAGGGGGCUAACAGCGGGGGGGCUCUGUGGAGGACAGUCAGCAGCCCCCCUCCCUCUAAGAGCCCCCCUCAAACGGGCACCGCCGCCUUCGGAGGGUUUGGGUUCUUCUCUAAGGACGAUGCCAAGCCUGCUGGAGAUAAGACGGCCAUUUCAUCUGCUUUUAAAAAGUUCCUGGCAGAGAGUCAGGGCAAGAAGCAGGUGUGUGAGCGGGAGGCAGGGGAGGACGGGGAGCACAGCUCGUCUGACGAGCAGGAGGCAGAGACCGGCCCGCCCGCCGCCCUCUACAGCAGUCUGGCAGCGCUGCCAGACCCCAAGGAGGACAGCAGCCUGCCUUUCUUUGACGUGGAGGAGGAGCAGUUCCUCCGGUCCCAGGGCCUGAAGGACAGGGAGGCGGAGAGCGACCCGACCAAGCCCAAAGCCCCGCUGACAGCCAGAGACAUCUUCGGGAAGUGGGAGGACGAGGGGCCGUACUACAAGGAGAAGAGCCGGAGGGAGGUGGAGGAGGUGGAGGAAGACCUGGAGCACAUGGAGAACGAGCUGUACCGGAGCCGCAAGCUGUCCAAGAAGGAGGAGAAGGCCAAGAAAAAGGAGAAGAAGGAGAAGGAGAAGAGGAGUCCCACGCUGUCCCCGGUGGUUCCUCGAGGUGUGGACAGCAGGGAGAGGGACAAGCCUCUGUUCCCCAGCGCCCGCGAGGAGUCCCCUGCCAGACGGCCCUCUGGGAAGAGGGAGGACUUUGAACUGAAAGUAAACUCCUUCGAUGAAAUGCCCAGUUUUUCAGGUGUGUUGAAGGAUGGCCGCGUGCCCCGGGACCUGCUUCCCUCUAAGAGAGACCAGGAGUUCCGCUCCAUCUUCGAGCACCUUCAGCAGGCGCAGCUGCGCCGCAGCCCAUCAGAGCUGUUCGCUCAGCACAUCGUCACCAUCGUGCACUACAUCAAAGCUCAACACUUCCGCUCGUCAGGCAUGACGCUGAGCGAGCGCUUUGCCAUGUACCAAAGAAAGGCUGCAGAGACGGAAAUGAUGAAGCCAAGAAGGAGCCCAGAGAUCCACAGGAGGAUUGAUGUCUCCCCCAGUGCCUUUAAGAGGCACUCUCAGCUGUUUGAGGAGAUGGAGGAGACCAGCUACAAGGACCCUGCUGUGUCUCUGCAGGAUCAAAGUAAGAAACCCAAAGGAGAUGUAAUGGACCUGCGCCUGGAUAUUGAGCGCCGUAAAAGGUUCUCAGCCAAGGAAUACAAGCAGGAGGGAGACAAGGGCUCCGGGGGGUCUCACGGGCCCAGCCCUGAGAAGUCCUCCGACAAGGCAGCCAAGCACCACAAGAAGUCCAAGAAGAGCAAGAAGAGACGAGAGCGCUCUCCCUCUUCCUCCUCCUCCUCCUCCCCCUCUCCACCCUUCAGGGGGAAGUCCUUCAUGGCGGAGGGGAUGGAGCACAUGGAAGGGUUCAGCAAGCAUCGCUUCAGUCCACGGGACUACCCUGGGCCCUCAGGGCCACUGGAGCGGGGGCCGGGGCCCAGGGGGCCGGGGGACAGGGGGCCGGGGGACAGGGGGCCGGGGGACAGGGGGCCGGGGGACAGGGGGCCCAUGGACAGGAGCCCCAGGGACUAUGAAAUGGACAGGGGACGAGGACGUGGCUUUUUCCCCAGGGUGAGGGGUAGGGGCUGGAGCAGGGGCGGUUACCCUGGAAACAACAGCAGCAACGGUCAGGCCCCCCCCGCCAGCGCCCCUGUCAGGCCCCCUGAGGAGGAGUGGGACCCAGAGUACACGCCCAAGAGCAGGAAGUACUACUUUCAUGAUGACCGUGAGGGGGAGAAGUCGUGGCUGGAGGGUCGGGGGCGUGGCCGGGGGGCCUUCCCCCGCAGCAGGGGGCGCUUCGUCUACAGGAAGGGAGGCAGCAGCCCCAAGUGGACCCACGACCUGUACCAGGCCCCCGAGGCCGGGGCCGGGGAGGAGGACGGCCCUGAGGCCCAGCUCAAGCCCCAAGACUCCGACUCCAAACUGUAGCUCCUCGGCCCGGACAGAGGCAGGUGAGGCUGUCUGGUAGAGUAGGCCGGAGGCCCAGCAUCAGAAUGUUGUGUGUCCCCCACAAGACAAGUGUGGUAAGGAUUUGCAUAAAUAAAUCAUAUCAAUUUUUGAGCCGAUUUCACAGUAUGGGUCGUACAAGAACUGACUCAUUGAAUUGAGUUAAAAGCAAAACGUUUGAUGUUUUUAUGUUAAUUACCAGUCUUAGUUCCUGGGUGUGUUUUUUUUUUUAAAUGUAAAGACACAGUUUGUUAGCCAUACUGGACUUGAUGUUUUUCGAGUUGGUCUUCAAAGGGCCUGGUUGGGGAUUACUAUAUUCAGUUUAAGGACAGCUUCCUUCAUCUCCCGUAAGAGUCUCACGCUUUUGUGCCUUAGAAUCCAUCGUUGUUGUCUCUGCUCCAUGGCCACGUUUCACUAGACAGGAUGUUUUACUCUGCUCACUUCUGUGGUGUUGCAUGACCUGUGACCCCAGCCUACCCCCAGGGACAGUCACACCCCUCCCAGGCUCUGAGUCGCUGCUCUGUGUGCUUCUACAUGUUCUAAAGGUCCUCACACAUCCAAACAUUGUUUUACCACUAACACUGUAUUUCUUAUCAAGAUCAUCGAUGUUUAACUGUGUGUGUAGGACGUUCUCGUCCAGAUAGUUGAUGUCUUUUCUUUCUUUCUUUUUUUUUUACACAUCAACAAAUGCAAACAAAAAUAUAUGUGUUUGUGCCUCCUGUCAAAUUAUUUUAAGAAUAUUUCAUUUAGAUUUAAAAGCGAGAAAUAAUUCCAGCGGGACAUAAUUAAGACAUGUAAAAACUAAAUUAUUGCCGUCUUUGCAUCUUGGGAGUUGAAAUGUUUCAAAAUAAAAGGAUAUUGUCGAUUGAGUUUAUCUGUAAUAUUCCAGACUGUACCUGAAGUUGAAUCUGCUGUUUAAAUAAAGGACUCCUGGUAAGAGUCUCAAGUCAGUCUAGUGUGGAUGAUGGAGACAGACUGACCAGCAGGGGGCGGUGAUGUUGUGCAGCAGACUGACCAGCAGGGGGCGGUGAUGUUGUGCAGCAGACUGACCAGCAGGGGGCGACUGACGUCUCAUUUGCUCAGCAGGAUCAGACUUUUUCUUCUUCUGUUCUUUAAGAGGUGAAACAUGUUCUCUUUAAUUUUCAAUAAAUCUUAUCCAAUUUA